GAGCUGGUGAGAGACAAAUGGAGUGGCGAACUCUAUGCUGUCAAGUAUAUUGAGAGAGGCCUGAAGAUUGAUGAGCAUGUACAGAGGGAGAUUAUGAACCAUCGCUCCUUGAAGCAUUCCAAUAUUAUAAGAUUUAAGGAAGUUUUUCUAACACCUACUCAUCUAGCCAUAGUCAUGGAAUAUGCAGCUGGAGGAGAACUUUUCGAAAGGAUUUGCACUGCCGGCAGAUUUAGUGAAGAUGAGGCAAGAUAUUUCUUUCAACAACUUAUAUCUGGAGUUAGCUACUGUCACUCAAUGCAAAUUUGCCAUAGAGAUCUUAAGUUGGAAAACACACUGUUGGAUGGAAGCACCGCACCCCGCCUCAAAAUAUGUGAUUUUGGCUAAUCCAAAUCAUCUGUUUUGCACUCGCAGCCAAAAUCUACUGUUGGCACACCAGCCUACAUUGCACCUGAGGUCUUGUCUAGAAAAGAGUAUGAUGGGAAGAUUGCAGAUGUUUGGUCUUGUGGUGUGACGCUAUAUGUGAUGUUGGUUGGAGCUUAUCCUUUUGAAGAUCCAGAGGACCCAAGAAACUUCAGAAAAACAAUUCAGCGGAUUCUCAGUGUCCACUACUCAAUACCAGAUUAUGUAAGAGUUUCCAUGGAGUGCAAACAUCUUCUAUCUCGGAUUUUUGUGGCUAACCCCGAAAAGAGAAUAACCAUUCCAGAAAUAAAAAAGCACCCAUGGUUCUUAAAGAACUUGCCGAUAGAAUUUAUGGAAGAUGAAGGUAAAAUGGAAAAUGAUGAAGAAGACAAGCAAUCUCAAAGCGUAGAAGAAAUAUUAGCUAUAAUUCAAGAGGCACGCAAAGCAGGAGAGGGUGCUAAUAAAGUUGGUGGGUUAUAUAUUGGAGGGAGUAUGGAUCUGGAUGAUUUAGACGAUGCUGACAUUGAUGAUAUAGAGACCAGUGGCGAUUUUGUCUGUGCAUUGUAAUUCUUCAUGACAAAUUAUAUAUUCCUUGCACACUAAUUUACUUUUAAAUCAUCAUCCAAACAAUGUCUAAUCAAUCUCUGCUUCUUCAAAAAGCAGAAGAUGAUAACCUAAUCUUCUUGUGUGUUUUGAUUGGUGAUCGAUCCAUGUGAUGUUGAUUUUUCUUUUCUUAUGUAAACUUUCUUGCUUCUUCUUC